AGAGCAUAUAAUGAUCAUAAACAUCUAAAAAAAGACGGGACAGAUGCCGAGUGAGCUUUAAAAAAACUGCAGCGAUCAAAGUGGAGAACCGCCAACUAGAAACACCUGUGAUCCUCGCUGGUCGAAUCAACUCCGCCACAAACAUCGCCCCGGCGCCUUCUCCAUCGGGCCUGCAAAUUUACCAUUCCUCUUUUUCUCCUUUCUAGAAUUGAUCAGCUAGGGGUUUUAUUGUCCUUGCUACCGGAAUUGAUUUGAAUCAAGUUGAAUUUUUAACUCCGGUGGAAGUUUAGAGAAUAUGGGGAGCCCAAAGAAGAACCAGAGUAAGGGCUUCUUCGCGUCCAUGUCGUCGGGUUUGUCGAUGUUUGGCAGCGCCCUACAUAGAUCCGUCAACGGAUUGCUUGGAUAUGAAGGAUUGGAAGUUAUAAAUCCCGAAGGAGGUAAAGAAGAUGCCGAAGACGAAGCACACAGAGGCAGGUGGAAACAGGAGGAACGAGAUAGUUACUGGAGGAUGAUGCAGAACUACAUUGGAGCUGAUAUUACAUCUAUGGUGACACUUCCUGUUCUUAUAUUUGAGCCGAUGACAAUGCUUCAAAAAAUGGCAGAGUUAAUGGAAUACUCUCACCUUUUAGACAAGGCUGAUGAAUGUGAGGAUCCCUACAUGCGGUUGGUCUAUGCAACAUCAUGGGCAAUAUCUGUUUACUAUGCCUACCAACGUACGUGGAAGCCUUUCAACCCAAUUCUUGGUGAGACUUAUGAAAUGGUGAAUCAUGAUGGCAUUACAUUUCUUUCAGAGCAGGUGAGUCAUCAUCCUCCAAUGAGUGCUGCACAUGCUGAAAAUGAGCAUUUCAUAUAUGAUAUUACAUCAAAGUUGAAAACCAAAUUUUUAGGAAACUCUGUGGAUGUUUAUCCCGUUGGAAGAACACGGGUGACUCUUAAAAGAGACGGUGUUGUCUUGGAUUUAGUUCCACCACCAACGAAGGUCAACAAUUUGAUUUUUGGUCGGACAUGGGUGGAUUCACCUGGAGAGAUGAUCAUGACCAAUCUGACGACAGGAGACAAAGCUGUGCUAUAUUUUCAACCUUGUGGCUGGUUUGGGUCUGGGAGAUAUGAGGUUGAUGGUUAUGUUUAUAAUGCUGCUGAGGAACCCAAAAUUCUGAUGACUGGAAAAUGGAACAAAUCAAUGAGUUUUCAACCAUGUGACAUGGAAGGAGAGCCCCUUCCUGGCACAGAACUUAAAGAGGUUUGGACUCUUGCUGCUGUUCCAGAAAAUGAUAAAUUCCAGUACACUCACUUUGCUCACAAAAUUAACAGCUUUGAUACUGCUCCAAAAAAGUUACUAGCAUCUGAUUCUCGUCUGCGCCCUGAUAGAGCUGCUCUUGAAAUAGGCGAUCUGUCCAAAGCUGGUUCUGAAAAAAGCAGCUUGGAAGAGAGGCAAAGAGCUGAAAAGAGAAGCCGUGAGACGAAUGGGCAUCAAUUCUCACCAAGAUGGUUUGAUUUAACCGAUGAAGUUAAUCCAACACCAUGGGGAGAAAUAGAAAUUUACCGCUAUAAUGGCAAGUACGAUGAACAUCGUGAUGCUGUUGAUUCUUUGGGUAGCAUUGACGCGGAAGAUCCCAAGUCAGUGGAGUUCAAUCCAUGGCAGUAUGGUAAUCUUACGUCUAGCUGAAGCCUGAAGAAGUGAUCAAAGUUUUCGGAUGCAUACAAGGAAUUCUCUUACAAUUGCUGUGGUUUGUGUACAAUAUCUGUAUCUCAUGUCCUAUAUGUCUGAAUUGUUUGUUCAUCCUCUUUGUGGCAAAGUUGUAUUUGCAUAGUUUAUUUAAGUGAUGAAGUUAGGGCUAUAGGGGAGGUUUCUGUCCUUUUCACUGUUGACGGUGAUUUAUGUGAAUCCAAGUAUUCUCAAUUUCUCAUUAGAUACAUCAAAAACCUCAUUUCUUUUUAUACUACUACAUAUCUCCUGUUACAAGGAUAUAAUGGGUGUCCCAUAUCUGUUGUAUCAACUAGUGUUCAAAAUGUUGGCUUGAAAAUAACUGCAAUUGUUCGUAUGGAGUCUCCUACUCUCCUUGCUUUU